GUGGGGGAUAGGUUGAAGAUGAGUGGAAUGCCAAGUAUUUUUGUUCUUAAUGAGGGGUCUCCAAUUUUAUGUUAUGAAAUUGGAAUCACGUCGAACAUUCAAAGACGAGUACCACAAAAAACGCUAUGUAAUUUCACAUAUACCAAGAGGACAAAUCUAGGGUAUCGCUUAUGAAUUUUCGAAACUCCAGUGAUUCUUGAGCAAUAUGUUAUAUACAUGAGAAAUAUUUAAUGAAAAUUCAGUAACAAAAUAAAAUAUUUAAUGAAAAUUCAGUAACAAAAUAAUCACUCACUUUCUUUGGGCACAUAUAAAGUCAUGAGAAAUAUUUAAUGAAAAUUCAGUAACAAAAUAAUCACUCACUUUCUUUGGGCACAUAUAAAGUUCUCUUUUAUAAGAUGGAAUUAUCGAAAACUCAUAAACUUUAAAUAUCCGAUCCACCACGAGAACAAUUUUUUUUUUUUUUUAAAAGAAAUUAGAUACAAAAGGGACAAUGGCAUAUUCCCGCCAGUGAAAGAGUGCCACAAAACCAACCGCUAUCCAAAAAAACUAGACAAAAAAGCUUAACUGCUUCAUGUAACUCCCUUAAUUCUUUUCAUUUCAAGUCUAGAUAUUGUUUCCAUGUUAAACAGAUCAAUCAUUUGUACAUCUAUGUUAAGACGACAUUUAUAAACUUCAUCUUUAGUUAGUCCUUGGAAAUGUCAGGCAGUGAAGGAUCUUUAUUUGAUGAUGGAAUCUGUGAAGAAAAAUUACAUUCUGUGAUAACCAGGCCACAAAAUGAUACUGGAAUUUCUUUUACCACAAAGGAAAUUGGUGGUGGCCCUGAGGAGUUGGAGUUUGUAAAUGACUUUCGACAAAUGCUGAUCCUGGAGAACCUGCUUCCUCUUAUACAUGAUGAAAAUCUCAAGUUAUUAAGAUUCUUGAAAGCAAGAAAGUUUGACAUUGAGAAGGCAAAGCUCAUGUGGACAAAUAUGCUCCAGUGGAGGACAGAUUUUGGAACUGACAGUAUUAUCAAGGAUUUCAACUUCCAAGAAAGGGAUGAAGUUCUGCAAAACUACCCUCAAGGUUAUCAUGGCAUGGAUAAGGAAGGAAGGCCAGUUUAUAUUGAAAGAUUGGGGUUAAUGAACAUUGAUAAACUUUUGGAAGUAACUACUUUGGAUCGUUAUGUUAAAUAUCACGUUCAAGAAUUUGAGAAGUCUAUUGCAUUCCGAUUUCCUGCUUGCUCUGUAGCAGCCAAAAGACCUAUCGAUAGAGGUGUUACCAUUCUGGAUGUCGAAGGAGUGAGUUUGAGGAACUUUACGAAACCUGUACGAGAAGUGAUCUCGCAGCUGCAGAAAAUUGAUAAUAACUAUUACCCUGAAACACUGGGUGAAAUGUUUGUCAUAAACGCUGGACCGAGAUUUAGGCUACUCUGGCAUAUACUCAAGCCUUUUCUUGACCCUGAAACAACUUCCAAGAUUCAUGUUCUCGGCAACAAUUAUCAAGGCAGACUGCUUGAAAUCAUCGACGAAUGCGAGUUGCCAGAUUUUCUAGGUGGUAGCUGCACGUGUGAAAAUGAUGGUGGUUGUUUAAGGUCGGAUAAAGGGCCGUGGAGAACACUAAAGACAUCAACGAUGAAUUUUGGAGAAGAAGCAGAAUGCUUAGAGAAGACAGUGGCAACAUCGAAGGUUGCACGACAACCAGUAGGAGAAAAUCAGCCACAGAUGGAAUUUGACGAGGCCUUCUAGUGCAACGUUGGCGUUGUUGCUCUUCAUCAGCUCUCCUGCUACUUCAGCUGGUGUUACCUUAACUCUCCGGAACAGAUCUUCAAUUGCCUUAAACAGCCUAUGCUCGUCUACAUUUAGGUAAUUAGAUGCAAGUACUCUGAAACCACUGAAAGUGCAGUAUGACAUCUCAAUGUGCACAUCCAUACGUCCAGGUCUCAACAAUGCUGGAUCAAGUCUGUCCUUGUGAUUCGUUGUGAACACAAUGAUUCGUUCAUCCCCACAACUCGACCACAAGCCAUCAAUGAAGUUCAACAGCCCAGAGAGUGUAAUCUGCAUUUAUAGAUUCUUUAGCAAAAUAUAUAUAUUCAUGCAAGUGUUAGAAGAUCCAUUCUAUUGUUUCAUUAGUCAUCAAUGUAAUCACAUGCUUCAAACACGAACUAAAUUGUAAAGAUCACAAUCAAUGUUGUACAUAGCUACAAAAAAACGCUACAAUGGCAUAGAAAAAUAUUCUUACUUUUCUCAAUAAUCAUAAAGAGUUUUUCUCUUCUUUGUUGAUUA